UAUGUCUAUUCAUAAAUUGUUCUUGAAAAAGGACUUUGUAUUUCAAGCUUUCAAACAAAGUGUGUAUUAUGGUCAGAAAUUAAGUUGGUCAACAAACCCUGUUCGAGCAGCCUUUCCUAAGAGUUCAACCUUCAUAAAGAGCAAGGGACUUUAUCCAGUGAGAGAACCAGCUUUUGCAAACUAUAACGAGUGGUUGUCUAAAAGAACGUUUGUAACAAAUUGGAAUAGAUAUUUUAUAUCCGCUGUUGCUUCGGUUUCUUUAGUUGGGGCACUUUACGUUGUUUCAAUGAGCAGCAAGACUAUUCCGGAUGCUGUGGCUUUGAAUGGUACGGAGAAAUUAGCUCCAACUGCUGUGAUAGAACGACAACAAGACAACUCGAAGAUAGCAAAUACUUCACUGAUAUCUAAUUUAUUCCAAAUUUAUGAUGACAAAGGAAAGAAAACAGACCUGAAUGCUCUCUUUACUUCAUUUAACAAUAGAGAAGUGAUUCUCAUUGGAGAAACGCAUGACGACUCUGUGGCACAUGAGUUAGAGUUGGCUAUCGUGCAACAUUUAUUUCAGAGACAAUAUUCAGAAAAAGAUAGGAAACCUUUGAUUGUUUCACUGGAAUUUUUCAAUUAUGAUAUGCAGAGUUAUCUUGAUUCUUAUAUUGAAAAGAAACUGAGUGAAGCAGAAUUUCUAGAGUCUUGUGUACAGCAACCUGGAAACAUUGAAGAUUACCUUCCCUUGUUACGUUUUUGUCGUGAAAAACACAUUCCUAUAUUAGCAUCGAAUGCUCCGGGACAUAUUAUUGAAAUGGUUCGUAAGGAUGGCAAGGAAUAUCUAAGAAACUUAAAGGACGAAGACAUUUUUGGGAUACCACCAUUACCAUAUCCUGAACCGUCUGCCUCAUAUGAAGCCAAGUUUAUGGCUUUGAUGAAUCAUCAAUUGAUGUUAGCUGCUCAUGGAAUGUGGAAGGACGAUAUCUACUCUCUUAGACAAAAUGAAAAUUUCCAAAGACGACUCAACAAUUAUUUGGAGGCACAAAAUUUGUGGGAUGCAAGUAUGGCCUAUCAUAUAGUGAACAAAAUCGAAGAAAAUCCAAAGGUCACUGUUUGUCAUAUUUGUGGGAAAUUUCAUAUGGAAGGAGGUUUGGGAAUCCCGGAACAUUUACAUAAUUAUGCCCCGCACUUGAACGUAGUUUCAGUUACCAUUAUACCUGAAGAAAGUUUGACUACAGAAGAAUGCAAAAAUGGUAAUGGAUUUGUCAUUCGGACUUCGACCUUGGAAAGUGAUAAGUAACCCAACCUUGUAAAUAGUCUUGUGCCUAAACAAACUGUGGAACUUCUGGUUUCU